AGGCUUUGAGCUGCUUUGGGAGUGAGCCAGGCCGGGACUAAGUGCAAACAGCACGUCCUGGGACGAUGGCAGUGGCGUUGUUGGAGGAGUGGUGCAAGAUCCUGAGUGUGGAUGAGCAGAAGUCCUUGGUGGUGACCGGCAUAGCGGCGGACUGUGGUGAGCCGGAGAUCCAGACGGCCCUGCAGGAGGCGCUGACGUGCGUGCGCAGCUUCCGGCUACUAGGCAAGAUAUUCCAGAAGCAAGACAACACCAGUGCUGUCUUACUAGAACUCCCGGAGGACACAGAUAUGUCUGUGGUCCCCAGUGAGGUACAGGGAAAAGGGGGUGUCUGGAAAGUGAUCUUUAAGACCCCUAAUCAGGACACUGAAUUUGUCCAAAGAUUGAAACUCUUUCUAGAAAAAGAAGGACAGACGAUUGCAGGGAUGUUCCGAGCCCUUAAGCAUGAGGGAGUGUCUCCGGCUACCACACCUUGCAUGUCCCCUGAGUUACUGGCCCACUUGGUGGGGCAGGCAAUGCUUCAUGCCCCAAGGCCUCUGCUGCCUGUGAGGUACUCUAAGCUCAAAGUAUUCUCUGGAAGCACAGAAACUGCCCCAGACGAGGAGCCCUUCGAGGUCUGGUUGGAACAGGCCACUGAGAUAGCCAAAGAGUGGCCCCUCCCGGAGGCAGAAAAGAAAAAGUGGGUGAUGGAGACCCUCCGUGGCCCUGCCCUGGAUCUUAUGCACAUAGUGCAGGCAGACGACCCUUCCAUCAGCGCGGAAGGGUGUCUGGAGGCCUUUAAGCAGGUGUUUGGGAGCCUGGAGAGCCGUAGGAGCUCACAGGUAAGAUACCUAAAGACCUAUCAGCAAGAAGGGGAGAAAAUCUCAGCCUACGUGCUACGGCUGGAAACUCUGCUCCGCAGAGCCGUAGACAAACGGGCCAUCCCACGGAACAUUGCUGACCAGGUACGCCUGGAGCAGGUCAUGGCUGGGGCCGAGCUCAGCAAUGUUCUGUGGUGCCGCCUCCGGGAGCUGAAGGAUCAGUGCCCGCUACCUACCUUUUUGGAGCUGAUGAAGGUCAUACGGGAGGAAGAGGAAGAAGAGGCUUACUUUGAGCAUGAGAGCAGGGAGGAGCCAGGGGAGAGGCAGGGCUAUGGCCGCUGGGACAAUUCAAGGAACAACUGAGAGACACACCUCCACUCCUUUUGUGCCCUGCUGGGCAUAGGGACAAGGCUUGACAAGGCUAAUCCCGUUAGAGUGGACUCCUCUGUAAUACGCAGGAUUGAAGUCAAGCUUUAGGACAGAGUCUUUUCUCUUUUCUCUUUUGUUUUGACAGGGCCUUGCCUUAUAGCCCUGGCUGGCCUUGAGCUUGCACUCUUCCUGACUCAGCCUCCCAAGUUCGAGUCCUGGGAGGAAUGUACCUCCACUGGAGCUCCAUCUCAAGUUUACUAUCUGAGAAAAAAAAAAAUGCCUGAAGUUUGGUGGACUCUAAGUAGAUUGUUAAUAACUACAAGACCGAGCUCUUAAAAACACCUAAAACUUCGUACUUUAGGUUCCUUUAAGCAUACCAGGGUCAGACAGACAGCUCGGUUGGUCAGAUUGCUUGCCAACCUCUUCAGAGGGGGUGGUGAUGUGAACAGGAGCUG